GGAAAAAAAUAAGAAUACAGUAAAUAAUUACAAAUUAAUAAAAACCGUUAGAAAGAAAUAAGGAAUAAAUAAAACUUUUAUUGUUUUUUUUCUUCUUCUUCUUUUGGUAUUAGCCUCGGAUUUCCCGUCUGCUUCCCAAUUCCCACAAUUGUGAUGACGUCACGUGUUUCUUCACCUCGCAUUUAAGUAAUAAUCUUCAUUAAAUCGUAUAUGACACAUCUCAAUUGGAUAAUAUGUCUCACAAUUGGCAAAUUAUUGUCUCAGCUACGACAUGCAUCUUAUCUUUUUAUCACUUCUGCUCCUCUUAUUUCUCCCACGACGUAGGUGUUUUCGGUUUUCGGGGACUUUUUAGUGCCCAAUUGCGUUCGGUGGUUUUUCCUUCAGUCGAAUGUUUGCUUGCAAUCGUCAUGUCUGAAAUGAGCGAAGCCCAUUUCGGGGAAGCCGACCCUGAAUCGGUCGAUAAAGAUUGGGAGGAGUUUGCGAAAUUGGUCGAAAAACGAAAAAAGAGACAGGAACAGAGCUUCUACCCCUGCCCCCCCGAGGAGGAUUACGUCAGCACUUUAAUGUAUGGCCGCUAUAGUCGGCAAUUGGGCGAAUUUGCGAAGCUAGAAGGGCUCAGACAGGCCGAAAAGAGGCGACUCAAAGAGGACAAAGCGCGGAAAAAGGAGCUGAGGGGCUAUCAAGGAAAACUCGCCAAGGCCGUGUCGUUUCUAUGGAAGCACACUUUUGCCCGUUUGGGCGAAGAUUGGGUGUUUUUGGCCCUAUUAGGGGUCAUUAUGGCCGUUCUCAGCUUUAUCAUGGAUCGGGGGAUUUCCUUGUGUAAUUGGGCAAGAAUUUGGCUCUACAAUGAUUUAAAUGGGCAACCGUUUGCCCAAUAUGCGGCUUGGGUGUCUUUACCGGUUUGUUUGAUUUUGUUUAGUGCCGGGUUUGUGCAUUUGGUGGCGCCACAAUCGAUAGGAUCUGGGAUUCCUGAAAUGAAGACGAUUCUUCGUGGCGUCGCCCUGAAAGAAUACUUAACUUUUCGUACUCUUGUCGCAAAAGUGAUUGGACUUACCGCCACCCUUGGGAGCGGUUUACCGCUUGGUAAAGAAGGGCCUUUUGUCCACAUUGCUAGUAUUGUAGCAACUCUUUUGAGUAAGUUAGUGACGGGAUUUCAAGGAAUCUACGAGAAUGAGAAUCGUACGACUGAAAUGCUUGCUGCUGCUUGUGCUGUCGGUGUUGGGAGUUGUUUUGCCGCCCCCGUUGGCGGCGUCUUGUUCAGUAUUGAAGUAACGACGGUUUAUUUUGCCGUGAGGAAUUACUGGAGGGGUUUUUUUGCGGCGGUUUGUGGAGCGACGAUCUUCAGAUUGUUGGCGGUGUGGUUCGACCGCGCCGACACCGUAACCGCCGUCUUCAAAACCAGCUUCCAGAUGGACUUCCCCUUCGACCCUCAGGAACUCUUCGUCUUCGCCAUCAUCGGUGCUUUCUGCGGCCUCGGCGGCGCCUUCUACGUCUGGAUGCAUCGCCAAUACGUCAUGUUUAUGCGUAACAGCAAAACCAUUAACAGUUUCUUACAGAAGAACCGAUUUCUCUAUCCCGCCAUUGUGAGUCUUCUAGUCGCCACAGUGUCUUUUCCACUAGGAAGUGGACAAUAUUUCGCAGGCGACUUGACCACACAUGAACAAGUCAUGGACCUCUUCAGCAAUUUCACCUGGACCACAGAAAACCUAUCAGCGGAUCAACAUAAUGUCUUGAAGCAUUGGCAAACACCCUACUCGGGGGUGUUCGUCAGCCUGAUCUCGUAUGUGGCGUUCACGUUUAUCUUUAGCAUCAUCUGCUCGACCAUUCCAGUCCCCAGUGGGAGCUUCACCCCCGUUUUCAAGAUUGGGGCUGGUUUCGGGCGCCUUGUGGGCGAGCUGAUGCACGUGUGGUUCCCCAGUGGUAUGCGAUAUGGGGGGCAAGUCGCCACUAUCAUUCCUGGAGGCUAUGCCACCGUGGGGGCGGCGGCUUUCAGCGGUGCCGUCACUCACACCAUCUCCGUAUCAGUGAUAGUUUUUGAAAUGACGGGUCAAAUAUCACACAUCAUACCAAUUAUGAUAGCUGUUUUAAUAUCAAAUGCUAUUGCUAGUUUACUAGCUCCCAGUAUCUACGAUUCUAUAAUUUUGAUAAAAAAAUUGCCAUAUUUGCCCGAUCUUUUGCCCAGCAGUAGUGGUAUGUAUCAUGUGUAUGUUGAAGAUUUUAUGGUUCGUGAUGUGAAAUAUAUCUUCAACAAUAUGACUUAUGAGCAAUUGAAGAGUUUGUUGAAGGAGAAUCGUAAAUUGCAAAGCUUCCCAUUGGUUGAUAAUCAUGAUAAUAUGAUACUUCUUGGUUCAAUUCAACGCUUGCAGUUGAUUCAGUUGAUUGAACGUCAUAUAGGGAGAGAGAGGAGAUUACAAGUCGCUGCGAUUAGACAGAGAGAGGCUGAGGAGCGUGCGAGAGAAGAGGCGGAGCGUAAGGCGGAGGAACGCAAACGACGCCCCUCCCGUUUCCAAGUAGUCCCCGCCCCUGACGUUCUUGGCCUUAAACAAAUGUCGGAAAAUCAACUCAAUGUUGAUAAACCCACUUUUCAUCCGGUUUUUGGAUCGCAACCGAAAAAAUCAAUCCUGAAAAAAACCAAUUCGUUUACGUUGAAAGGUUUCAGUCCGUUUAUGUCGACAAGUCCAGGUUCGACACCUUAUACGACUGUUACGGGGGCUGAAAGUCGUAUCCGACUUGCGUUCGAAGCGAUUUUUCGAAAGUCGGCUCAACUUCAAGAUGUUGAUAAUAAUGAUAGUUCGCCGGUGUUGAAUAGUGCAGGAGGAUCGAUGGAUAAUAAAGUGCAGAUUAUACCAAUGAGUCCGUCAACAUCGAAAAAAGUGCAAUUGCCUAGAGAACGUGUGUGUGACAUGUCCCCCGAAGACCAACGCACCUGGGAGGAGGAGCAAAUGCAACUCCCCGUCGAUUUCUCUACGUGUCAGAUCGAUCCAGCUCCAUUCCAAUUGGUUGAGAAAACUUCUCUCCUCAAAGUCCAUUCGUUGUUUUCAAUGGUGGGGGUAAACCACGCCUAUGUGACAGCCAUUGGUAAGUUGGUGGGGGUCGUCGGCUUGAAAGACCUCCGCAAAGCCAUCGAAGAUGCCAAUAGCGGUAAUUUACCACGGCAAAGUGUCGAAACGAACUCGAAUGGUAAUGUUGGUAACAUUGGUGAUACCGGUGAUUCGGACAAUGAGGCGGCCCAGACGCUCGUCUCGAAGGUUUAGUGAUAAGGCAAGAGUGAUUUUUAUGUGAUAAAACAACGAUUUAUUUAAUUGUUGGAUGAAAAAUAUUAAAAAAAAUAAACGGUAUGAUGAGUA